AGGGAAAAUACGCAUUCUUCUUGCCGGUCUCCCGUUUUGACGUUCAUCUUCAAGCCGACCGAUCGAGGUUGCAGAUUCAUUCGCUCCUCCGAUCAUUCCUUGUCUCCAUGCAAUUCGUCAUCACCUCCAGAGAUUCCGCUUGCGCAGAUUUCAGAAGAGUUGACGAAUUCAGGAAUUACGAUGAUUAUUGAUAAAUCCCGCGUGGAAUCGAUCGUGUCGAUAUUCGUUACUGUUUACCCUCACGAGAUAUCUGCAUUGAUUUCAUCCGCCUCUUCGUUCUUCUUCAUUCUGAGCGCCUAUUUCGUGGUUCUUCCGUUGCGAGAUGAAGGCGCGAUUUCGCUAGGGUUGGAGAAUCUUCCGGUGCUUUUCGUUGGUUCUUUGUGCCUAACGUUGGUUGCUGCCCCCGUUUCCACUCUCAUUUUCUCACGACCUAAUCUGUCCAAAGGAAAGGCUUUGGUGUUGAUACAUCGGUUUUUUAGCUUGUCCCUUGUUCUCUUCUUCAUUCUGUGGGUAUUGUCGACACCUGACAAUUCAUCAGUGAACACCAAGGAAACCGAUCGAGUUAACUCCAUUGUAAAACAUGAGCUGAAGCUUGCAGUUAACCAGACUGCUUCAGCUAGCUCAGAUGUGUGGAAGACUCAUGGGUGGCUUUACAUUGUAGUGAGGAUAUCGAUGUUUCUUUGGCAGGUUGCGUUGCUUAAUCUUAUAACAAUCUCCUCUACAUGGGCGAGGGUGAUUGACGUGACAGAUAGCGAGUCAGGUUCAAGACUCUUUGGAUUUAUUGGUGCUGGAGCGACACUAGGGCAACUUUUCGGCUCGCUCUUUGCCACAGGAAUGGCUUGGUUAGGCCCAUAUUUGCUGCUUUUUUCUGCACUCUUGUUAGAAUUUGCCGCACAAUCUUCAAAAGGUAUACACAAGGAGAUUCCUCAGCAUCCAGAAGAAUUGACUCCCAUCAGAAAAAGUGAUCCUGAUCAUACCAAUGGAGAUGAUGGGCAAAAUGAAACUUCUAUAAAAACGUCUUCACCCAGAACUACAGGAAAACAUCAGAUCUGGGUCAUUUUCGAGGGACUGCAGCUUAUAUUAUCUUCAAGUUAUUUAUUACAAGUUGCUCUAUUUCUAUGGUUAAGUGCAGUGAUAUCCUCUUUCUUCUACUUCCAGAAAGUAACUAUUAUUGCCGAUGCAGUUGCAAGUCCUGUUGGUAGAAGAAAAUUGUUUGCACAAAUCAACAGUGUUAUUGCUGUUUUCAUCCUCAGCGGACAACUUACUCUAACAGGGCGCAUCCUCACUACGGCUGGGGUCACCAUAGCUAUUUGCUCUUUACCGUUUGUUGGGUUUCUAAAUCUGGUUGCUCUAGCUGUAUGGCCAUCGUGGAUAGCUGUUGCAAUAUCUGAAACUCUUCGGAAGGUGGUUAUGUAUGUUGUUGCAAGGCCCGGGCGAGAACUACUUUUUACUGUUGUCACACAAGACGAGAAGUAUAAAGCAAAGGUAUGCAUAGAUGUCAUCGUGCAAAGGCUUGGGGACGCGUCUGCAGCCGGGCUGUACAAGUUACUUUUCAGCACUUUAAAUGGCAAAGCAUCCGCAACCUCGCUGUUUGCAUUGCCUGUUUGUUUUGUAUGGAUAGCCGUAGGUUUUAAUUUAGGCCGGCGGCAAACACAGCUUGCGACGAUGCGAGCAGCGUCGUCUCGACUGGCCGGAAGUUAAAGGAAAGGCAAGGCAGGCGACGUUUUGUAGGUUAGAACUGUGGAAGCGAAGCACAGACUCAAUCCAUCACCAGGGUUGAGAGCAGUAAUGCGGAUGCUAUUUGCAGUCGUAUGGCCGGCGGCGGUGUGGAGAGCGACAAGGUGUAGUCCGAGUAACGGAAGCGUGCGGAUUAAUACGACUUCCGACUCCUGGAACUCCAUUCGAGUUCCGAACGAAGGCAUCGAAGAAGAGAGGUGAAAAUUGAUAGAACACUGCGUUGCUUCAAUGGCGGUUUUGAUGCAGAUGAAAAACUCCGAUCUUAUCUGAACUAAUGCUGAAUUUGAUCCUAUAAGAUGGGUUGGAUAAAUCAUGAUACAUAUAUGCUCACAGUUUGGAGAAUAUCAGAAGGAUCUCCCUUCUUCUUUCAGUUUCUAUAUCUCCUCCGGCAUUCACAAUUUGUCCAGGGGAAUGUUGGUAAUUUAGUUCAGUUGUUGUCAUGAUUCAACCUUCCUUGAUCUGAUCUCCUACUCUUUGCUCUUGUUGAUGGUGGUAGCUGAUAGAAUUCUUCUUUCGGAUGGUGCAAAUGAUCAGGUACGAACAACCACAUGCAUACAAUGCAGAUGUUUUAAUCUCAUUUAAAUUGAUUUGUGGACUUUUAAGUUUGUUUGGGUGUAAGAAACAGCAGCCAGCAAUUAAGGUUAUGAAUAGUAUAAUCAGUAAGCAGGAGGAGGGAGGGGUAUGCAUUCUGUACGUCCAAAUCAGCAGGCAAUGAAAUGCAAUCUCCGAGAAAAUUAAUGCCCAAAAGCCAGAGGGACAAAACAAGGCCCAAAAGGAGCACAAUUAUUAGAAGGAAACAAUAAAUAGCAUACAUUCAACGGGUCAACCCAACGGAAAAGGCCCACAAGCUGUCGGCCCGAGCCCAACAUGCCCAAACGAUAUCGUUAAUUCUGUCGGAUGAAGGAUAGACCAAUAAGCUCACAAACGACAGUGGGACAUUCUAUUGGCUCUCAUUUAUAACGGGCUUACGUUCUGUCGGCCCAUCUAUGGUAGGCUCAUGUGAUGUUUGGCAGGCCAUACAAGUCCAAUGUUACCAUGCAUUACAUCAUGUUGGCCCAUUGUCGACAGGUCUAAAUUGAAAAUUCAUGUGCUGUCGGCUCCUUUCCGACAGGUCCAUGUGGCAAUAGCUGCCUGUCGGCCAGUCUCCAACAAGCCCAUGAGACGUCUGCAGCCCUUGCCGUCCCAAUACUGGGAGGAGAGGCCCAUCCGGAAAAACUCAUACUGUCGGCCUAUUACCGAUAGGCCAAUUCGAGAAUUUAUGUGCUGUCGGCUCAUAUACGACAGGCUCAUACUAAAAUUCAUCUCUUGUCGACCCAUUAGCGAGAGGCUCAAUUCGAGAAUUUAUGUGCUGUCGGCCCAUAACAGACAGGCCCAUACUGAAAUUCACCUCUUAUCCGCCCAUUACCAACCGGCCUAUAUUAAAAUUCACCUCUUCUGGCCCAUUACUAACAGGCCCAAUUCGAGAAUUUAUGUGCUAUCAGCCCAUUACCGACAGGGCCAUAUUAAAAUCCAUCUAUUGUCGGCCCA